AUGGAUGUCAAGACCUACAUCUCAGACUCACUCCUUCAACUUACUGGAGUUUCAGAUCCUACCGUUGUCGAUUUUGUUCUUGCUACCGCGUCAAAGGCCAAAUCGCCGGACUCACUACGUGAGCAGCUUGGGGUCUUUUUAGAUGGCGGAAAUGGAGAUAUACAACCGUUCUGUUCACAGCUAUGGAAUCGGGUAAAUCCAUCGAGGCGCGAUGGCAAGUCGACAAAGGACACACCAAGUCACCAACAGUCGAAGAAGAAAUAUCGAUUGAUUGAAAUGGAGGACGAAACAACCGACCAUGACCUCAACGUUAGCAAACCCCGAUCGAAAGAGUCUGGGUCGUCACGGUCUCGAUCCACACCAAAAAGUAGAAGUGAUGGAGGUAGUGAACAUAAGAAGAGGGAGAGCCACGCUGAUGGACGGGAGUAUAAUCGACCAAGAAAACUUCGGCGCAUAGACGAGCAAGAUUUCGCCAGUCGCUGGGGGGAUGAGGAACCACUUUCGGGCGAGGACGAAGCUGAAGAGCAACUCAUGCCUCCUCCACAAACUUCACGGGAUAACAUCAGCACUUCUCAUGCUGCUGAGUCGGACGAACAGUCCGAAGAAGACCCCGAAAAAGCUAGGGAACGUGACAGGAAAGAAAGAGACGAAUUCGCAAAACGGUUAAACUCGAAGGACGAUAAACGAUCCAAGAAGCUUGUUGAAGACAGGUCGUCCAAAAAGGAUGGCGGUAUGGCUGCGCGAAGGGCGCUUGCGGAGGAUUCGGCCGCCAGAGCCGCCGCGAUGCCAGAUCUUCGACUACGCUCUCGACAGGAUUAUUUAAAGAAGCGAGAGGCCGAGCGUCUAGCUUUGUUACGCAAACAAGUUGCAGAAGAAACAGCGGAACUUCGCGAAAACCCUGAUCUAACACGACAGGAGAAAGAAGAGUUUGCGAAGAACAGGGAAGUAUUGAGACUUGCAGAAGAACGUUUGCAAAUUGAUGACCAUCGGGAUGGCUAUUUCCUUCCAGAGGACUAUAUAACGGAGAAAGGGAAAAUAGAUCGGAAACGAAAAGGAGAAGCACUCUAUAAACGAUAUGUCGACCGUGAUGAGCAUGGCAAGGAGCGUUUUGUUACCGAGCAUGAGGAAUGGGAGCUUGAACAGACGGCAAAGGCUAAAGCGCAGGUUCAAAGGGCAGAAUUUGUUGAUGAAGGAGACUACGAAUAUGUUUUUGACGAUGCACAAAAAGUGAAUUUUAUUAUGGACUCAAAAUUGGCUGGUGACCGUAAGCCCAUGACAAAGGAUCAGAUGCUUUUGCACAAACAAAUCGAUGCGGCCGAGCAGAAGGCAAAGUCAAUUGAAGAAACCCGGAAAAGCCUACCGAUUUAUCAGUUUCGAGAGCAAAUCCUAGAUGCAGUGGCUAAUCAUCAGGUUCUAAUCAUCGUUGGUGAGACUGGUAGCGGAAAAACAACCCAAAUUCCACAAUAUUUACAUGAAGCAGGGUAUACAAAGGGUGGUUUAAAAGUUGGUUGUACCCAACCACGUCGAGUUGCUGCCAUGAGUGUCGCUGCGCGUGUUGCUGAAGAAAUGGGAGUUAAACUUGGAGAUGAAGUAGGAUACUCGAUCCGAUUUGAGGAUACUACCUCUGACAAAACAGUGCUGAAGUACAUGACUGAUGGUCGUUUAUUACGUGAAUUGCUUAUGGAACCAGACCUGGCUUCAUAUUCUGCCCUAAUGAUUGAUGAAGCUCACGAGCGUACUGUCCCAACUGAUAUUGCUUGUGGCCUGCUGAAAGACAUUGCAAAAGCUCGACCAGAUUUGAAGCUCCUUAUCUCAUCCGCUACAAUGGAUGCACAAAAGUUCCAGAAAUAUUUUGACGAUGCCCCGAUCUUUAAUAUUCCUGGCCGCAGAUACCCCGUCGAUAUACAUUAUACAUCUCAACCAGAGGCCAAUUACCUAGCAGCCGCAAUCACUACCGUCUUCCAAAUCCACAUCUCCCAGGGCCCAGGGGAUAUAUUAGUUUUUUUGACAGGUCAAGAAGAGAUCGAGUCAGCGGAACAAAAUCUCCUAGAAACAGCCAGGAAACUCGGAAAUAAGAUCAAAGAGCUAGUAGUUUGUCCUAUUUAUGCAAAUCUACCGUCUGAGCUUCAGACAAAGAUAUUCGAGCCUACACCACCUGGCGCCAGAAAAGUUGUACUCGCUACAAAUAUUGCUGAAACAAGUUUAACAAUUGAUGGCAUUGUAUACGUUAUUGAUCCAGGGUUUGUGAAGGAGAGUGUCUUUAAUCCUCGCACUGGCAUGGAAAGUCUUGUUGUCACCCCCUGUUCGAGGGCAUCUGCAGGUCAACGAGCCGGUCGAGCCGGUCGUGUUGGCCCCGGAAAAUGUUUCCGCCUGUAUACCAAAUGGGCGUAUUAUAACGAACUUGAACAGAACACCACCCCAGAGAUCCAGCGCACAAAUCUCAGUGGUGUAGUGCUCAUGUUGACUUCUCUAGGGAUCACCGACCUCCUUGAUUUUGAUUUUAUGGACCCGCCUCCGGCUGAAACAUUGAUUCGUGCCCUUGAGCAACUCUACGCACUAGGUGCAUUGAACGACCAUGGAGAGCUUACAAAAGUUGGCCGCCAGAUGGCAGAAUUCCCGACUGACCCAAUGCUCUCAAAAUCUAUACUUGCAGCAGAUAAAUACGGCUGCGUUGAAGAAAUUCUAUCCAUCAUUGCCAUGUUGGGUGAGGCUAGUGCCUUGUUCUACCGGCCUAAAGAUAAGAAGAUCCACGCAGAUAGUGCUCGUGCUCGGUUCACUGUCAAAGACGGGGGUGACCACCUAACUCUACUCAACAUAUGGAAUCAAUGGGUCGAUUCGGACUUCAGCUACGUCUGGGCAAGAGAAAACUUUCUUCAGCAGAGAAGCUUAACGCGCGCCCGCGACGUCAGAGAUCAGCUUGCCAAAUUGUGUGAUCGCGUCGAAGUAACUCUCAGCAGCGCAGGAGCAAGCAACCUACCAGUAAUACAAAAAGCAGUGACGGCAGGCUUCUUCCCCAAUGCUGCAAGGCUUCAACGUGGAGGAGACAGCUAUCGAACUGUCAAGAACGGCCAAACCGUUUACCUCCAUCCGUCAAGCACGCUGUUUGGUGUAGAUCCUAAAUGGGUUAUCUACUUUGAGCUCGUAUUGACUAGCAAAGAGUUCAUGCGCAGCAACAUGCCACUGCAACCAGAAUGGCUAACGGAGGUUGCCCCCCAUUACCACAAGAAGAAAGAUCUUGAGACGCUUGGUUUGGGUAAACCGAAGGGGGCAAAUGCUGCAGAUAAAGCCAAGCCAUAG